AUGUCUACCAACAACAGUACGAGUGAUCCGGGGGCGGUCACCACGCCCUCGGCGCCGUUGAGCUCUCAUGGUGGUGGUGAUGUAACCACACCUUCUAACACUCCUUCAGCUUCUACGCCGACGACGGUCAGCGAACCUACCACCCAUUCUACAACAUCUGAGCCUUCAAAUCCCACGACGCCGACCACUCCCACCACCGCAACGCCAACUUCGACCCCGCCAACGUCGUCGUCUUCUUCGACACGUGCACCCCCUACCACAUCGUCAGAACAGCCUGCUACCUCCUCAACUCCUCCCCCGCCGCCGACAACCUCCUCGACACCACCUGACAGCACGACAUUUGUGACGCCUACGGACCAGGGUACCAGUACCAGCACUUUCACAAUCACGCAGGUCACGCAAGCGCCGACGCAUACCACCCCGUCGCACACGACAAGCUCUGCCAGCACAACGUCUGGCGGUGCGGCUGUUGGCCCGACGGGCAGCUCGGGCAGUGGUCUUUCCAGCGCCGGCAAGAUUGCCGUCGCCGUUGUUGUCCCCAUUGCUGCUGUCGCUCUGCUGCUCCUUGCCGGCAUCUACUUCUGGCGGAAACGCAAGCAGCGCAAGGAUGCUGAAGAGGAGCGUCGCAAGGAGGUCGAGGACUACACAUUCAACCCCAAUGGCGACCGCGACCUGGCUGCCCUUGCCGCGGGGGGCGCUUCCGGCGCCAACGGCUAUGAGAUGAUGAAGGAAGAUGCCAACUCCUCCGGCUACCGCGGCUGGGGCACGACGACUCUUGCUGGCUCGACGGGCCGGAAAGCUUCGACGACUAUGUCGGGUGGCGCUGCCGGCGGUCCCGCCUUCUCGGAUGCUACUUCGCCUACGCGCGGCGGGCCGUCGGACGGCCGUUCGGGCGAUGUUGCGUAUACGGACGGCACGCAGUCCCCCGAGGGCGAGAUUCUGGGUGCUAUGGGCCCGUCCGCCGGCAACAACCGCGCUGCGGAUGUCCGCCGAGGCCCUUCGAACGCCUCGUCUUCCUACAGCGCAGGUGCUCACUCGGACGGUUCGGGCGAUGGUGGCGUGGCCGGCUAUGCCAAUGCUGCGGAUGCGACCUACUACAACCAGUAUGGCGGCAACAACCCGUACGCCGAGAACCCCUACGUCAGCCCGCCUCGGCCCUCUGAGCUGGCCGGCGCGCCUGUUAUUCGCGACAACCCGGCGCGGCGCAACACGCGCAUCGAGAGCCCAGCGCACUACCCUCAGCAGAGUGCCAACGUCUCACAGAACUUUUAG